CAGAUAUAGUGAAUGCAGGGUCCAGGGAGACCGGAUAUAGUGAAUGCAGGGUUCGGGGAGAGCGGAUAUAGUGAAUGCAGGGGUCCGGGAGACCGGAUAUAGUGAAUGCAGGGUCCGGGGAGACCGGAUAUAGUGAAUGCAGGGUCCGGGGAGACCGGAUAUAGUGAAUGCCGGGGUCCGGGGAGACCAGAUAUAGUGAUUGCGGGGUCCGGGGAGACCGGAUAUAGUGAAUGCAGGGUCCAGGGAGGCCAGAUAUAGUGAAUGCAGGGUCCAGGGAGACCGGAUAUAGUGAAUACGGGGUCUGGGGAGACCGGAUAUAGUGAAUGCAGGGUCCGGGGAGA